AUGAUGAUUGAGAGUGACAGAGAGCUGUCGGCUAUAGUUCAGGAGAUUUGGGAUAAUGACGUCAACCGACUCAAACCUGGAAAAGACUACAGGAUUUCUCUGCAGGGCAAAGCUGGAGACAGCAUGGGUGACAAUGAGAGCAACGACAGGGCAGGACUUCCUUUGUUUACAUAUGUUGAUGAGAAUAUUUUCAAAAAGGAGACAUUUUUAGCCUUUAUCUCCCUUUUGGAUAACUAUGAAAGUGACACCGGUGAGCCAGAGAUUGUAACUCCUGAGGAAGUGGCAGAGAACCACAGGUUCCUGGAUGCCAUCAUUCAGACUCGCACUAUGAAGAUAGCUCAUAAACACCUGGUGGAGAAGCAACUCUCUCCUCAAGAUGACACAGAAUUCAAGGAGCAGCUCUACAGAAUCUGGUUUGAACUCUAUGCAAGAAGAGGAUCCAGCAGGCCAGACUCUUCAGGAUUUGAACAUGUGUUUGUUGGGGAGACAAGAGGAGGGCGGACUGUCAUUGGUUUUCACAACUGGAUUCAGCUGUACAUACAAGAAAAGCUGGGUCACAUUGAUUACAAAGGCUACAGUGUCACAGCAAAUUCUCCUCAGCCUGAUGAGAACAAACACAUCCUGGCAUUGCAGUUCAGCUGGAAGAAUGGCAUAAAGCCCAAGGGCAGCAUCUUCAUCGGCGUCAGUCCUGAGUUUGAGUUUGCCCUCUACACUCUCAGCUUCCUCACCUCACCAAAUGAGCGCGUCAAAGUGCAGUUCAGUUUCUAUGAUGUAGAGAUUGUCUGUCACCAUUACAACCAAAAGCACAUAGGCACGACCUUCCCCGUGCUCCUUAGGUACAGGAAUCCUCAUUAAGACUUGACUGGAAAGCAGUCUGAAAUAUAACCACUCCAA